AUGGCGGCUCACAUGGCAGACCAGGUCGACUAUGCCGCUGGACACGAGCAGAUUGUGCCUUACCAAGAAACCGACACGGCUGAAGAAAAGAAGCACUUGGGUCUAUCGACGACAAACCACUCAGACCGUGUCGUUGCUUACGAAGCCGAGGAUGACGACAACUACCGUCACCCAGACCACCCAACAGAUGAGGAGCUGCAGACUUUGCGCAAAGUCGCAGGCCAUAUUCCCUGGCAGGCAUACUCCGUCGGCUUUGUUGAAUUGUGCGAGCGAUUCAGCUACUACGGCGUGACAGCCAUUUUCACUAAUUUCUUGCAACAGCCUUUGCCCAUGGGCUCCAGGACCGGUGCCGGUGGUACUGAUGGCCAGAGUGGAGCACUUGGUCUGGGUCAGCAGACCGCCACCGCGCUCAACCUGUUCAACAGUUUCUGGGCAUAUGUCAUGCCCAUUGCUGGUGCAGUGGUCGCUGAUGGCUAUCUUGGCAGAUACAAGACUAUCAUGUACUCCAUUGCAAUCGCUUUGGUCGGUCACGCCAUCUUGGCUGCAUCUGCUGCUCCAAGCGUUAUUGAGAAACCCAACACUUCCCUCGGUGUUUUCUGCUUGGCUGUCAUUGUGAUGGGCGUGGGCACGGGUGGUUUCAAAUCCAACUGUUCCCCUCUCAUUGCUGAGCAGUACCGCGAGAAGGUGCACGUCAAGACUCUCAAGACAGGUGAGCGCGUCAUUGUCGACCCUGUCGCUACCUACUCACGCAUUUACAUGUGGUUCUACUUGAUGAUCAACGUCGGCGCUCUCAUCGGUCAACUCGGUAUGGUUUAUGUGGAAAAGUAUGUUGGCUUCUGGCUCGCUUUUGCUCUGCCCACAUUCGUCUUCAUCGCUUGCCCAGCUGUCCUGAUUUUCGCCCGAAAGCACCUGGUUGUGCAAAAGCCAACUGGAUCCGUCGUUCCUGUUGCAUGGCGCGCCAUCAAAGCAGCCUCCAAGGGGCGCUGGCACUUGAACCCCGUUCGCACCUACAAGGACCAUCAACGAGGCGACUUCUGGGCCGCCGCAAAGCCUUCUACGUACGAACGUGAAGGCAAGGUCAUGCCUAGCUGGUUGACAUGGGACGAUGUCUUUGUGGAUGAAUUGAAGCGCGGUAUUGCCGCAUGCAAGGUCUUCAUGUACUACCCACUCUGGUGGCUCACGUACAACCAAAUCAUCGGGAACUUGACUUCCCAAGCCGCUACAAUGACAUUGAAUGGUGUUCCCAACGAUGUGCUCCAAAACUUGGAUCCAUUCGCCCUCAUCAUCUUCAUCCCCAUCUGCGACCAAUUCCUCUACCCCUGGCUCGCCCGCAUCGGUUUCCCUCUUUCGCCUAUCAAGAAGAUCUACCUCGGUUUCUUCACUGGUACAGCUGCCAUGAUCUGGGCGGCUGUCGUGCAACACUACAUCUACAAGACUUCCAAUUGUGGCAACUACGCAGGUAACCCCUACCUCGAUGCAGCAAAGACCAUUCGUUGUGUAUCGCCGCUGAGCGUUUGGAUCCAAACUGGAAGUUAUGUGUUGAUUGCCUUUUCCGAGAUUUUCGCAUCUAUCACCGGACUGGAGUACGCAUUCAGCAAGGCGCCUAGGUCGAUGCGUUCUAUUGUCACAUCGCUCUUCUUGUUCACUUCUGCAAUUUCUACAGCAUUGGGACAGGCCUUCGUGUCGCUGAGUUCUGACCCUAAUUUGGUCAUCAACUACGCUGUCAUGGGUGCUCUGAGUUUCGUCGGAGGUGUAGCCUUCUACUUCCACUUCAGGCAGCUCGACAGGGAUGAAGACAUGCUCAACCAGAUUGGUGUUCACAAGCAGGCACAUCUCAAUAGUGUCGACAACCAGUCCAAUGACAUGUACCCCAACAUCGAAGGCCGUCUUCCUGCUGGCUCUCUGCCAGAGAAGAAGUAGACGAGCGUCUUGUCUACAUGUAUUUCAGACUUCUCGUCAACUGAGAUGGUCUUUUCUCCACGCUCAUAUCGUGGACAAAGUGGUAUUCAAACGCCAUCUACGUGCAUACAUACAAGAAAUAAGCAAUAACUUUAACCAAAGAUGUCUACCGCG